AUAAGGAGGAGAAACGUGAACCAAUCGAGUGUGAGGCAAGAAAGAGAAAGCAAUGGUGGUGGCACAAGUGGGUUUCAUCUCCUUUUCCUCCUGCAUUUCUUCUGCGCUUCGCCCUCGCUUCAGAUUCUCCUCCUUCAACGACCACAAACCUCUUCUAGUCGUGGCAGCAAUGAGUGAUGAUCCGAUUCGUGACUGGAUCCUUUCAGAAGGAAAGGCAACAAAGAUUACGGGAAUUAGGUCAAUUGGUGGAGGGUGCAUUAGUAAUGCUAACCGCUAUGACACUGAUGCUGGUCCUUUCUUUGUAAAAACAAACAGAGGCAUUGGCCCAUCAAUGUUUGAAGGAGAGGCUGUGGGUUUAAAUGCUAUGUAUGAGACAAGGUCGAUCCGGGUCCCUAAACCAUAUAAGGUUGGAUCUCUGCCAACAGGCGGAUCAUACAUCAUAAUGGAAUUCAUCGAGUUUGGUGCAUCUAGACGUGAUCAGUCUGCGUUAGGAAGGAAGCUGGCUGAAAUGCAUAAAGCAGCCAAGUCCGACAAGGGGUUUGGUUUUCAAGUUGAUAAUACUAUUGGAAGUACUCCGCAGAUAAACACAUGGACCCAAGAUUGGAUAGACUUUUACGCAGAGCAUAGAUUGAUGUACCAGGUACAGUUGGCUCGGGACCAGUAUGGCGAUUCAAGCAUUUAUCAGAAAGGACAAAAGCUGGCAAAGAAUCUCGGACUUCUAUUUCAGAAUGUGGUACUAGAACCAUGCUUACUGCAUGGAGAUUUAUGGAGUGGCAACAUCACUUAUGACAAGAACGGGGAACCUGUGAUUCUCGACCCCGCAUGUUAUUAUGGACAUAAUGAGGCGGAGUUUGGAAUGUCGUGGUGUGCUGGAUUUGGAGCUGCUUUCUACAAAGGCUACUUCGAGGUGAUGCCGAAGCAGGCGGGGUUCGAGGAAAGGAGGGAUGUGUACAUGUUGUAUCAUUACUUGAAUCACUAUAACAUGUUUGGUUCUGGCUACCGCUCAUCUGCCAUGUCCAUAAUAGAUGACUAUCUCCGGAUGCUAAAGUUAUAGUCAACACCAAACACUUCCCUUUGUAAAGUCAUGAGAAAAUAGUACACAGCCUUUUGUAUUGCUGCUAUAAAAAUGCAUCAUUUAUUCUUUCCCU